UGCAGCAGCUGCUGUUUGAGUCGGAUGCUAUACUUUUUCGUGGGCGGGGAUUUUGUUAAAUUCAAGGAAAGAGCCAAAUUACGGACUAGGGCAGAACAUUGCCAUUCAUUUGGACGGAAGUACAGAAAAGGAAUUAAUAACAGAGAGGGAGAGAGAGAGCGCGACAGAGUUUAGACAGGGGGAGGUAAAGAGAGAGACAGACAGAGGGGGAGCGGGAGGAGAGGCAGCAACGGUGUCCGGGACGGCUGUGCAUAAGGAAAAGUGGUUCAGAUUUCUGGAGCGUGUAGUUAGCUUGGAUGCGCUUGUGGCGUGGGCCGGGGUGCUGCUCUGACUUCUGCCAUCCCGGGGAGAAAUGCCUGCCGACAUCGCUUGAGAGAAGCACGCUGCCUUUCACAGCGGGAGGAAAGGCUAGGCUAAGGCGUUGUGGCUUUUUGCGUUUAGGUUCGCAUCAGCUCUGAUGUGCACCAAUCAGUGCGUCGGCUAUUUGGCUGUUUUGUACACAUCUUUAAUGUAAUCACAUUGGGAAGGAACAGCAAUUUUGACACACAGUGCCUGUUUUAGCUGUUGGUAUUAUCUUUUUCAUCAUGCUGAUGCGCUUGCUUUCCGAGAGGGGGUUUGGACUUUUGACUGGCUAUUACUUUUCACUCGUUUGCUUCCUAACGAGCGCUUCACUGCUACGGAUCGAGGCGUCUUAUCUCCAGAGUAGCGAAUGCCUGUCGGACAAAGGGAAGGGCUGUACAGACUAUUCAGAACAGAAAAGUGACCUGCGAGUUUGUGAUGACUCCACGUGUCGGUUUGGGGGCACCUGCAGGGACGAUGGGGCAGACCUGAAGUGCAUGUGCCAGUUUCAGUGCCAUAAGAGCUACAUCCCAGUGUGUGGAUCUAAUGAAGAUACCUACCAGAAUGAGUGUUACUUGAGGCAAGCUGCCUGUAAACAACAGAAACAUAUAACUGUGGUGUCUGAGGGGCCCUGCUAUCCAGAUAAUGGUUCUGGAUCAGGAGAUGGAGAGUAUGAGGGGUCUGGCACAGACACAGGCAAAAAGUUCACUAAGUGUGGCACCUGCAAGUAUGGAGCAGAAUGUGAUGAGGACUCUGAGGAUGUGUGGUGUAUAUGCAACAUCGACUGCAGUGGUCACAAUGAGAACCCCGUGUGCGGGACAGACGGGAACUCUUACAACAACCCCUGUCACGUCCGAGAGGCGUCGUGCAUGAAGCAGGAGCAGAUUGACGUCAAACACCUCGGGAGAUGCCCAGAUAAAGACAAAGUGAAGAAAGAAGAGGGAAGCUCAUACAAGCCUGAACUUUUAGACACUGCUGACCAAGGAGAUGGAGUAUAUGCCGGAAUCCCCAUCCCUUGUUCGGAUAACUAUGCUGGAUUUUGUGUACAUGGGAAAUGUGAAAUAAAGUACAACAUGGCCUCCUGUCGGUGUGAUUCAGGGUACAAGGGUCCACAGUGUGAUGAGAUCCAGGAUUUCAACAUCCUGUACGUGGUGCCCAGUGGGCAGAAGCUCCACUACGUCCUCAUUGCUGCCAUCAUUGGAGCUGUGCAAAUCGCCAUCAUCGUCGCUGUGGUGAUGUGCAUCACAAGAAAAUGCCCCAAAAACAACAGGGGACGUCGGCAAAAGCAGAAUCUGGGACAUUUCACAUCAGAGACUUCUUCCAGGAUGGUGUAGUUUGAGUGUCUUUCUUUUUACAUACAUUUUUUUACCAUGUGAAAUAUUUUUUAAUGUAAGUAUUUUUGUUGUUUUUUUCUCCUUUUUCUGGGAAAAAAGGACAAAUGAAGAUAUUUAUUUCAGGGGCCUUACUUUUUGCUUUCAAUUUUUGGACAUUUGAAAUGUUUGCUGUUGUCAGCAUUUUGAACAGCAAAAGACUAUUCCAGUGAA